GUCAAUCCUCUUUGGAUCGAGGCGUGGCAGCACCGAAUGAACUAAUUGUUUGUCAUAUUUUCAUUCCUGUCGAGGAGGAAAUUUCAUCAGUGGACUAUUUAUUGAAAAACAGGAGGAAUCCUUCAGGAUGGGCUCGGAGAGCAGUCAGGAUUACCCCAGGGCCUCCAAUGCAGUCGUUUUUGGUGGUCUCAUCACUUAUCUGGGAGGAGUCCUACUCGUCAUAUCUUUCACAAGCCCGUACUGGAUUCAGUCUUAUCAAGAGACAUUCAGUAAUUUCAAACACAUGGGACUGUGGGAAUACUGUUUCCACGACUUUCGAUAUCCCUAUUAUCAAUUCGACAAGAUGUUCAAUGGCUGCCAUCACAUAUUCUCACAAGAAUUUCACGUGAUUCGCGAAUGGCUACUGCCUCCCUGGCUAAUGGUCGUCCAGACUUUUGUGACAAUAAGCCUUUUGCUGUCCUUCCUGGCCCAGGGUAUUCUCGCCCUGAUUAUUGUCAGGUGGCCUUUGAGGUGCAUCCUGAGGAACGAAUGGAUGCUCUCUGGAAUUGCUUUUGUCUGUGACGCUGCCACAGCUUUAUUGCUGUUCUUGGCUGUUUCGAUCUUCGGUGGUCAAUGCUGGCGUCGAGAUUGGCUCAUGUACCCAAAUUGGAAUUAUCUCUCGUGGUCAUAUGCAUUUGCAGUAAUAGCUUGCAUGUUUCACGGAGUGGCGGCAUUUUUUCUAUAUCUGGACGCACGCGCGGGCUAUAAAAAUCGGGCGCAAUCACGAAAUCUCGUUGUACAAAUGUACCCGACAUCCCACAGCCGCCAGAGCUUUGCCAGUAGUCGUCAGGGCUACAUAUAAAUCGCAUCAGAUAAUGCGAAAAUUGUACAAUUCAAUUAUCCAAUUCCGUCCAAAUCUCAUCUACAAAGUAUUUCUAGAGUGUUUCCAUUGAGAUUUUUUAGCCAUCCAAUCGACAGAGGUUGCACCUCAUUUAGAUUUAAUGUCGAAGCAUCAGUUCUACUUUUGCACCCUUUUUAAAAUAUUUUUCACGUAAUGUUAUUGAUUUAGGGAAAUUUUGUAUUUUUUAGGAAAUUUCAAUUAUAGAAAUUCCUCUCUACGAUCGAUCUGAAUAAUUAUAUAUUUUUUAGUAAACAUCAAAAAUAUUCUUUGUAAAAAAUAGUUCAAAUUCUUUGAUCAUUUCUGUUGAGAAUUUCGAGAUAAUUCGAGGGACUCGAGGUAAAAUAAGUUUUGACUAAUGAGGUAAUUAAUGACGAGCAUGACAGUAUGUCGAAGAAUAGAAACUUCAAAUGGCACCCAAAGGCGCCAAUAUCGAUCGAAUUGUAUUAUAAUUAUCCAAACUUCGAGUCUGUCGUUUUAACAGUUUCAUUAAACCCCAUUGAUCUCAGAGACUAGCGAUUUUAGGAGAAAAUGGGAGAAGACAUUUUCUGUCGGGAAUUUAAUCAGCCACAAAAAAGUUCCUCGACGUUUUCACCUAAGAUCGAUAGUCAUCGAGAUAAAUCGAUAAUUAACAGUCGCUUCACUUGGCAAGUGGAAUUUCCACUUCAUUCUGAGAUAUAUUCAGGGAUAUAUUCUCAAAAAAAAAUUUAAUCCAUAAACUGAUGCUUCACCCUCGCUUAGUGAUGCAAUUACCACUAUUUUUAUAAAUAAUCCUAUCAACUCGGAUAAUCCGUACACUAAGUAACACACGAAUAUAUCCAUAGAAAACUCAAA